AUGGUUUCGCGGCAGGAGUUGAUGGUGGCGCGGCGGAAGUACGGUGAGGCAGUGAAGGAGGCGUUUUGGAAACUGCGGGUGGCGGAGCCUACCUUGCGGCAGGAGGAAUAUAUACGGCGGUUGAAGUUGACGGUGAAGGUGCCCAAGUUCAGCAUUCCGGCAACCGACUUGGACCAUCUGUGUCGGCACGUGGUGGCACAGGUGCCGCCUGCAAGCGGGAUGUUACUACCCAAUCCUAACACGGUCGCUAAAGACUCAGCCGCUAAGGGCUCAGCCACUAAGGGCUCAACCGCCAGUGGGUCGGUCAGUGCGUCGGGUGUGUCUGCAGCCUGCGGCUCGACCCACGGCUCCGCGAUCCCGGUGCAAGGUAGUGCGGCCAAAAGAACGCGUGUCCGGGACCCGGACGAGCGCGCCUUGUUAGCUGCCGCUGCCGCGGGAGGUUCCGUAGGGGGCGUGAAGACGGCGGAGAUCGACUGGUCCUUCACACACCAGACGGAGUUGGAGAGUGCGAUGACGCACCCGUUUGGAUUGGAGUCUCUGUGCACGGCGUUACGGAAACAUUUGGUCAUGCUAGAGAGAGGCCGGCAUGGAUUGGGCGGAAGUGUGUUGCUAACGGGUCCCAAAGGCAGUGGGCGCUCGAGUCUGGUGCGUUACCUCGCGCAACGAACACGCCCGGACCGCGUGGUUGUGCUCGAGCUCCAGGGUGCACGACUGGCCGCCUGUAAUAAACCGGAACAGGCACUCGCCCUCCUCGAGCAGUUUCUACUUGAGGCCGCUAGCUGCAGUACCGCAAGCGGAAGUCUAGACGAGAGUCCGGCCCCGACUGGGGCUUUAGAGUGGAAUCUGGACCACCGGAGUCUGGACCACCGGAGUCUGGACCACCGGGGUCUGGACCACCGGAAUCUGGACCACCGGAAUCUGGACCACCGGAAUCUGGGAGGGGAAUCUGCGCAUCGGGGGUUGCUGUUGUUAAUAGAUGACCUGGAUCUACUGGUGCCGGCGGCGAGCGGGUCAAGUGCCGCGGGUUCGGGCAAGACGGCUAGGGAUGCGCUGGAGCAGCGGAAGGUUGCACAGGUGAGUUGGCGACUACUGGAAUUGUUCGGGACCAUGCGGCGACAUUAUGGUGGUGCGGUUUGUGUGUUUGCUGCAGCCACGGCGAGGAGUGCGGUGGACGCGGACUUCCUAGCGCGAAGUCCGUUCAGUGUGCGACCGUACGGCAUCCCACCGUUGGGUACGGUGGCGAGACGUAGUUUGCUCGAGAUCUUCCUCGCACAACAUGCCGCGGAAUUUGGAGUGGAACUUGCAGCGCUUGACCUCGAACCGGCGACCAAGGCCACCGAAGGCUGGGUAGCCGGCCAGCUGCGUAGACUCGCCGACGCUGCCGUUACGGACGCUCUCGACUGCGCUCAGUUUCCCGACGUAGAUAUGGACGGAGAGUCGAGCGCAGUUGUACAGGACUUGACGCAAGAUCUGGCACACGUGGCCGUGGACUCCAUGCUGGUGGACGAAACGGCAGUGGAUGAGACGGCAGUGGUUGAGCAAUCGGCGGGACACAGCGGCAAUACGCCAGACAAGAGUGGCGUGCAGAGUGACGCGGGGCCAAGGACGACGAUCGGCAGUUCGAGCAGCAGCGACUCGGAGGACCUGGAGGGGCUGCGGAUUGUGGACGCAGGGAACGAUGUCGGCGGAGACGAAAGACCGGAUGCUCGGUCGGGGGUUGAAUCGAACGCGCGGUUAGAGGCUUUCGAGAGGAUGCCCGACUCCAGUUUGUCGGUGCCAGGUUGGUCGGUGAGGCAGGAGAAUUUGGAGAAGGCAUUACAGGUGGCGUUGGCUGAGUUUACGCCGGAGGGUUUCAUGGACGUGCCGGACGUGCGUAUGGAGGACGUGGGCGGUUUGACUGAGGUGAAGGAGUAUGUGAUGGAUCGGUUUGUGGAAGUGAUGCGUAAUCUGGAGGCAUAUCGUGCGGUGGGUUUGCAGGACUCAUCGGGGUUGGUGAUGUGGGGUCCGCCUGGUUGCGGGAAAACUCACUUGGCGAAGGCGAUUGCAAACGCGUGUGGUGCCCGAUUUAUUUUGGUGAAUGGUUCGGAGUUAUUGGACAAGUAUGUGGGAGCGAGUGAGCGUAAGGUGGUGGAGGUAUUUGAGCGGGCACGCGACAACGCACCGUGUUUGAUUUUCUUCGACGAGUUUGACGCGUUGUGUCCAUCGCGGUCUCAACAGGGUUUGCAUGAGGUCAGUCGGCGCGUGGUAAACGCGAUGCUGACGGAGCUAGAUGGUGUUAGAAAACGUGCCGGUGUCUUCGUUGUAGCCGCGACUAACGAACCUGGUUUAAUAGAUGCAGCUGUCCUACGUUCCGGACGCUUCGAACAUCGCUUAUUUGUACCUCUACCAGACGAAGCAAGUCGUAAAGAUAUCUUCCGAGUUCUCUGUCAUAAUAAACCUUGGUCUAUUGAAUCGGACACCCUCGAACACCUCGCAAAAGUCACAGAAAACUACUCAGGGGCUGAUAUCAAAUUCCUACUCAACCAAGCCGCACAAACCUCAUGGAUUAAUGCAGGCAAACCCACGCAUAUUCAAAUAUCGAAACACGCACUGCUUCAAGCACUAAGACCUCCCAGCAUCGAUCCAGAUACACUGCAAAAAUACGCAACCAUAAACCAAAUUGAGUAG